AUGAUGUCUUUGAGAUGCCACAGGAGCAAGCCGUUGUGGGCCGUUCUCUGUGUGUUGGUGCUCUGUUGGCUGUACAUUUUUCCCGUUUACAGAUUGCCCAGCGAUAAGGAGAUAGUCGACGAAGUGCUACGACAGGGCCAAGUAUGGAGUAAAAACCAAACUGGAAUAGAUUUGUACAGGAAACUGCUUACAGAAUGCUGUGAUCCAAAGAGGAUGUUUGCAGUGACCAAGGAGAACUCUCCAAUUGGCAAGGUUCUGUGGUAUGAUGGGGAGUUCUACCAUUACCACAUUGUCAGCAAUGAAACCUAUCCCUUCUUCAUACAGGAGACGCCAUUGCAGCAGCCACUGAAGAAGUGUGCUGUGGUAGGUAAUGCAGGAGUCCUGAAGAGCAGCAGCUGUGGCAGAGACAUCGAUGAGGCUGACUUUGUCAUGCGGUGUAACCUGCCACCUCUGUCCAAAAAGUACACCGAUGAUGUGGGGACCAGAACCCAUUUGGUGACUGCCAAUCCGAGUAUCAUUGAAAAGAGCUUUCAGAACCUGCUGUGGUCUCGGAGGGCCUUCGUAGAGAGCAUGAAAGCCUAUGGCUCCAGCUUCAUCUACAUGCCUGCCUUUUCCAUGAAGCCUGGUACAGAUCCGUCAUUACGGGCCUACCAUGCCCUUGCUGACUCCUCCUCCAAUCAGACGGUACUCUUUGCCAACCCGGACUUUCUAAAGAACGUGGGCCGUUUCUGGAAGGGCCGUGGAGUGCAUGGGAAGCGCCUGUCCACAGGACUCUUUCUGGUGAGCCUUGCACUGGGGCUGUGUGAGGAGGUGACGGUCUAUGGCUUCUGGCCCUUUUCGGUGGGCCUGGAUGAGCAACCAGUCAGCCAUCAUUACUAUGACAACAUCUUGCCUUCUUCAGGGUUCCACGCCAUGCCCGAGGAGUUCAUGCAGCUUUGGCACCUUCACAAAAGUGGUACACUACGCAUGCGCAUUGGGCGCUGCAUGAGUGAGGCUGAGGGAGCGAAAGAGUAG